CGCUGAGAACAAUAAAAUUUUCUAAAUUUUUAUCUUGUCAAGUGCCUACUUUAGUUCGAUUAAAUCUCGAAAUUUAGAUUAAUUCCAGUGUAGCAUCACGUGUUUAUCAGUAAGGUUGUUGAAUUUUUUUCUAUAAUUCCAACACAGAAAUUAAUUGAAAAAUAGUGUAUUAAAUUUAGCGACAAAAUGAAGAGCAACAAUUUUCAUUCCGUAUCGUCUACCCUGCUGUUAUUAAUUUCGUUGACUAAUCUUGUUCUGCGGCCCACAUCAUGUGCAGCUUUAAUUGCAAGUAGCAAAGAUCUGGCAGCUGACGUUGAAACUGCGCACACUGACCUUUUACUUCUAUCUGCCCGAAGCUCUGCCUGCUUUUUUCGCACAAACGACAUUUUUGCCCUUGUUAACAAUGAUUACAAAAUCAAUGUUCAACAGAUUACUUUGAAAUUUGAAGAACUCAAUGUGACAUCUUCAAUUAUAGAUCAGUUUAGAUCAGACAUGCAGCAAACCGACUACUAUGUCAACACUUUUCUGCGACUUCAGAAGGACGCAUUUGAGAGCUACGAGGCACGCGUUCACACAUACGAGAACAAUCUAUUGACAAAUUUGCCACUCAUCCCGGAAAACUUGGCCCAUCUAAGGGAAGAUACGAAUUCAACCAAUUCCAUAUUUGAGAUAGUGGACAAUAAUUUGACGAAGGAAAUCUAUUUCCUGAAUUCAGAAGUUCAAUCAAUUUUAUCUGGAUACGAGGGAGAACCUGCUGAAGUGGAAGCGCAAAUACUGCUACAGGAGAUAAUUUCAAAAGACAUUGAAACACGGUUUCGGCUAAAUGUAGCCAAGUCCGAUUUUGACGUGGCUGCAAGCAAUGCAGAUGGAUCGAUGCAAAUAGUUGCCAGUCAAGUAUAAUUGCAUUAUUUUGUCUACGCUAAAUAAAAAAGAAUUAAAUAUCUGGAUUUAAGUUGAAUAAAAAUUAUAAAAUACGUGUGCAAUUUAUUUUCAGUGAUUCUUUUUUAAUUGGAUGGACUCUAUUUAUAUAUAUGAUAAAAAUUAAUUAAUUCGCACAAAAACACUCUAUUUUGCAAUACAUUAGAAAUUAGUUAAUAAAAAUUCAUAAAAAACAUAAAAGAAAAAGCUAUUACUAAUAAUUUCAAAAGCAACAUUUUAAAAUAAUUUAUUAACCACAAAAAAAAUUAUUCAUGUCUUAUUAUACAAUUAUUGUUAAAAAAUUUCAUUAUGCAAUGUUGUCUCUAGUAAGCUGCAAUGGCAAUAAAAAUAAUGAUAGUCUCAAUUGACCUGGCUUUUUUAUUUACAUAACAUAAUUUUAAAAUCAUCUACAUGCUCGUAAACAAAAUAUGUACCCUCAAUUGAUUUUAGGUGAUAAUAUCGUGAUUGAUAAACACAAUCUAU